AUGGAUUAUGGAAAGCGGAUUGAAGUAGGUAUGAAGGGUGAUGCAAAGGGUGUGAUAGAUUCAUAUUGUUGGACUGUUGAGAGGAUGGAGUUACUAAUCGAUGUUUGUAUCGAUUAUUCACGCAAAGGGUACAAGCUAAAAACAUCUUUCACGGAGGAUGGUUGGGCCCACAUAUUGAAAGAGUACAACAAUAAACGUAAGAAACAAAUAACCAUACAACAACUCAAGAAUAUAUGGAACAUUUUGAAAGCUACAUGGGCUGCAUGGAAGUUUUCGGAAAGUAAUACUGAUGAUUGGGGGUGGAACACGACUCUAGAAACUGUUGAUCCACCGAGUGAAAAACAUUGGAAUGCUCUUGUAAAGAAACACAUCUUCGAGAGUUACUUCAAGAAUAUUCCCUUAGGUAGUGUAGCUGAAUUACAAGAAUUAUUCCACAAUGUUGUUGUUGAUGGUGUAGAUGCAGUUUGCACAAAUAAUGAUAACUCACCAGCCUCACCAAAGGGAUUUUCUGCUUCCAACAAUGCAAUAAACUUGGAUGCUGAUGACUCAAGUGAUGGUGGUGAUGAUGUCUUGCCGGUUGAGCUGCCAGAUAUGAGGAAGAAGAAAAAUAAGCAGAAGAUGAAGAGAUCUACAGGGCCGUCAUCCAAGAGAUUGAGGAUUGGUCAUCAGAAUUGUGAUACAAGUGAAACCCUUACGGAAAUGCUUGCUUUGGAUAAGCAGAAUAGAACAAAGAUGAUUGUAGCAAAUAUAGACAACACAUAUAUCGAGGCUUACCAGAUUCUGAACUCUUUGGAGAGGAUUGAGAUUGGUAGCAACCACCAUGUGAUGGCUUUGGAGGUACUUGAAGAUCGAAACAAAAGAGAGGCGUUCAUUGCGAUGCAUGAACGGGCUCGCAUACCAUGGCUUCUUGGAGCAAUUGAGAGGAAAGUGAGAGGAGGCUGGAUCCUCUAUUUGAUGUGCAUGAUAGACAAUUGA